UAUUCACAAUCAUGCUGAUUGAGCCGCCAUUGAUUUGAUUGAGCACCACUCUCUUUUUUUUUUCUCUCUCUCUCCCUCUCUCCCUCUGUGUGGGGUUUGAGAGAAGCCAGAGAGAGACCAUGAGUGAGUUAAUCAAUGUGAAUCACCAAAGGGUCAAAACCAACGGGAUAUGGAUACAUGUAGCAGAGCAAGGGACAGGACCACUAGUGCUUCUUCUUCAUGGCUUCCCUGAAACUUGGUAUUCAUGGCGCCACCAAAUCAGCUUCUUGGCCAAUCAUGGUUAUCAUGUGGUUGCACCUGACUUAAGAGGCUAUGGUGACUCUGACUCACCUCUCAAUCCCAACUCAUACUCUCUAAUACAUCUUGUGGGUGACCUCAUAGGCCUACUUGACCAUUUUGGUGAACAACAGGUAUUUGUGGUGGGCCAUGAUUGGGGAGCGACUGCUGGGUGGUAUCUGAGCUUGUUCAGGCCAGAUAGAGUUAAGGCGCUAGUUAAUCUAUCUGCUCCAUACUUUCAAAGAUCUCAAACUUCUGGAGUUGUUGAUUAUUUCAGAGAACUUUUUGGUGAUGGUUGCUACGUCUAUCAGUUCCAGGAGCCAGGAAGAGCAGAGAAGGCUUUUGCAAGGUAUGAUUAUUUGACGGUGAUGAAGAAGUUCUUGCUCUUAACCAAGACAGAUUAUCUGGUAGCUCCUCCGGGAAUGGAAAUCAUUGAUUAUCUAGAGACACCAUCAGUGUUGCCAAAAUGGAUUACUGAGGAGGAACUCCAGGUCUAUGCUGACAAGUUCCAAGAGUCUGGCUUCACAGGUCCUCUCAAUUAUUAUCGAGCCAUGAACCUGAAUUGGGAACUUCUGGCACCAUGGCAAGGAUCAAAAAUUACUGUCCCAACAAAGUUCAUAAUAGGUGACAAAGAUAUUGGUUUUGAAUCCAUUGGUACAAGGGAAUAUGUGACGGGAGAUGUUUUCAAGAGAUUUGUCCCCAACCUCGAAGUUGUUAUUAUAGACGGGCACCAUUUUAUCCAACAGGAGAAAGCUCAAGAAGUCUCGGAUGAAAUACUUUCCUUCCUUCGCAAAUUUACCAUGGAUUAAUGGAUUUCCUGGUGUUUGAAGCAGAGUUGUGCCUUAAUUUCUUCUUCAAUAAUUAUUAUACAUGAAGGCAAUCUUUGAUUAUUAGAUAUUCUCCAUCAUACAUGUUUAUUCUAUACUAGAAAUUAAUAAUCAAUGCUAUGAAAACUUACAAAUUUUUUGUA